AUGGGACGAAGAAAGAAAACUGAUGACAAGAAUGCGAAACCAAUUCGUGGUCCAGGAAGAAAAUCGAAAAAACAAGGAGAACCAGUAUUUCCAAAAGAAUUAUUACAAACUGACAAUUCCGAAAGGAAAAAAUUAACUAGUCGUAGUAAAAAACGUGCUCGUAAACGUCUUGAAAAAGAAAAAUUGAAACAAACCGUUAAGAAAAAUACUGUUAAAAAAAUAGUACAAAAACGUCAGUCAGAUGGUGAAUCUAUUGAUGAUGAUGAUGAUGAAGAACAACAACAACUUAAUGGAUAUACAGAUGAAAAUCAACAAUGGCUUAAACCAAAAACAACUAAAAAAUUGUUUGAUAACGAUGAAAAAGAUGAAUCAAUGGAAGAUGAUACACCAUAUGAUGAUCAAUUUGAUGAAGUAAAAAGUUCAAGUGACGAAGAAGAAGACGAUGAUGAUGAAAAUGAACCUAAACUCGAUAUUGAAAAACAAUCUAAAAAAAUCCGUGAAAAACAACGUCAGACAAAAGAACGUUCUGAACAAGAACUAUUAACAAAUAUUCAACAACAUGAAAAAGUUCAAUUUCCUAGUGGACAAGAAAUAACAAAAGAAGCACCACAAGCUGAUUUACAAUUAUUAAUGCAUCGUAUUCGAGAAGUAAUUAAUGUUUUAAAUGAUUUUAAAAAUAAACGAGAACCAAAUCGAUCAAGAAAAGAAUAUCUUGAUUUACUUCAACAAGAUUUAUGUAAUUAUUACUCAUACAAUGAUUUUUUGAUGAACAAACUCCUCGAUUUAUUUCCAUUAGCUGAGAUUAUUGAUUUUCUUGAAGCAAAUGAAGUACAACGACCAGUAACAAUUCGAACAAAUACAUUGAAAACACGUCGUCGUGAUCUUGCUCAAGCACUUAUUAAUCGUGGUGUUAAUGUUGAUCCACUUGAUAAAUGGACUAAAGUUGGUCUUGUCAUUUAUAAUAGUCAAGUACCUAUUGGUGCAACACCAGAAUAUCUUAGUGGACAUUAUAUGUUACAAGGUGCUUCAAGUUUUUUGCCUGUUAUGGCAUUAGCACCACAACCUAAUGAACGAAUUUUAGAUGUGUGCUGCACCUGGUGGAAAAUCGAGUUAUAUUGGUAA